AUGGCUCUGGAGGUCCGGUACGGAACUCAGGAAUGUUCGGGAUCUGAAAUGCGAAACCUCAGUCAGCCUAGUGAUGCCCAUCAUCGAGAACUGGUCAUUUGCGAGGAUCAAGGAAACAAACAUCGAAGCAACGUUGGUCGCAUUUCAACCAGCAUAUUACCACCACCAUUACGUCAACCGUUGGCAACAAAGAAGGUUAAGAACAUCAAUGUACAAAAAUUGGCAAAAAGUUUCGAAACUACCGACUCGGAUAUUGAACCAAUAUCGUCGGACGAUGAAAUAUACUUGAAUCAGUUAACCACUCGAAUCCAAGACAACACUCAACAUCAAGAUCAUCGCAGUAUAGAGGGUUUAAGCCGAAAUGGCACGGGAGUCGCUGAUGAAAAUACCGAAUUCGAAUUAACAACAGCAAUCACUAAUGAUAACAUCGAUGAUGAUUUAGAGGAACCAACAAAUGAAGACCUCGUCGACAUUUCCGAUGACGAACUAGUUGGCAUCGAUUAUACAGCAUACACCUGUCGUGAAACACAGAGAACAGUUGACAUGCUUCAACUAGUUCCUGUCUCCGCAGAACAACAGCAACCAUAA